AUGCAGCGUUCCUGUUGUCGCGGGAGUAUCUGCUCGCCAUGGCAGCGGCGCUCACUGAACACGCGCUCGAGACCGCCUUCUUCCCCGCCUUCAAAUGCUGCCUGUGGCCCGUGGCGUGGAACUUCGCUUUUCCUCCCUCCCUCCCCGCACCCCACCCCCGCUAGCCAUGCAGCGUUGCUGUUGUCGCGGGAGUAUGUGGUCGCCAUGGCAGCAGCGCUCACUGAAUACGCCCUCGAGACCGCCCUCUUCCCCGCCUUCAAGCGCCGCCUGUGGCCCGUGGCGUGGCUGGGGGGGUGGCUGCUGCUGGCGGGGGAAGCGGUGCGCAAGGCAGCCAUGCUGACGGCGGGGAGGAGCUUCACUCACGAUAUUCAGACGGAGAAGCGGCGCGAACACCGGCUGGUGACGCACGGGGUGUACAGGUGGGUGCGGCAUCCGGGCUACACGGGGUGGUUCGUGUGGAGCAUAGCCACGCAGCUGCUGCUCGUCAACCCCCUCUGCACGCUCGCCUUCGCCCUCGUCUCCUGGCGCUUCUUUGCCGUCCGCAUCCCCUACGAGGAGUUCUACCUGCACCAGUUCUUUGGCCUCGAGUACGCACGCUACGCCGCCUCGGUGCCGUCCGGCAUCCCCUUUGUCUCGUGA